UGCUCCCCCCCGCUCGCCCCGUCUCGCUCGGCCCCCAGCCAUUCCAUUCCUUCCACCUCCUCCUCCUCUAACCCCUCCCUCCUUUCCCCUCCAUCCUUCCUUCCCCCCUUUUUGUAUUUCGUCCCGACUAAGUGAGUGCCUGCUUUGUCUGAUUCUGGUCUCUCUUGGUUCCGUUUCCUCUUGUUCCGUUCUGACGCCCGCCAUCAGGUUCGAAACCACCAAGGAGCACCAUUGGUUGCACUUACAGAGUUAGUUUCACUCUCGGAUUGAAUCACGCAGAGCGCAUCGGGAGAUUUUCUCAUUCUGAUUCAUAACGUUGUUUCAAGGUGAUGGCCUUUGCCAACAAUGACAAAUCGCUCGUCACCAAGGAGCAAAAUGAGCGUCACAAGAAGAUGUUGGAGGCUAUGAUGAAGCUACCGGAGAAUCGCGAGUGUGCGGAUUGCCACAGCAAAGGACCAAGAUGGGCAAGUGUAAAUUUGGGUAUCUUCGUGUGCAUACAGUGUUCUGGAAUUCAUCGUAGCCUCGGCGUUCACAUUUCGAAGGUUCGAUCUGUAACGUUAGACACAUGGCUACCCGAGCAAGUUGCGUUCAUUCAGGGCAUGGGCAAUGUUAAGGCCAAUGAGUAUUGGGAGGCUGAGUUACCACCAUCGUUCAAGCGCCCGGGUGAGAAUGAUCGCAGUGGACUUGAGACUUUCAUCCGUGCUAAGUAUGAAGCAAAGCGAUGGGUUGGAAGAGGUAACAAUAGUCAAACGAAAGCAGCAAGCAGAAGACCGUUGCAAGAUGAGACUGGACGAAGAGGGUCAGAACAGAAGACCCCAGAGCGCUUGUCGCACGAUGGGGUCCGACAAAGUGCUUACGAUAGCACUGCUAAUAUUGCUACAUUUCGCUUAGAUGGACCAACAAUUAUUCGCAAUCCAAUUGUUGCUGAACUGAAUGCAGGAAAGCUGAAGGAGAAGUCGAAAGCUACCGCUCCAAGCCCUCCUACCCUUAGGGGUCCACCUCAGUCUUCUAUAAAUCCCGUCAUGCAUAAAGAAGAAACACAAGCCGGUCCAUCUCAGAAAAGCGAUGCAAACACUGCCGCUGUACCUGCAACAAAAGUGGAAGCUCCAACAGAUCUCUUCGAUCUACUCAAUAUUGACGGAGAAAGUAAUGGUGCAGCAGAUGACAAUGGUUGGGCUGCUUUCCAAUCUGCAGAACCUUUGCCAGCAGCUACUGCUGAAGCUCCAACCACUUCUGCUACCUCAACCACAACUGCAGCUGGUGAUACUGGCUUGGUUUCUACUUCGAAACCUAGUAAGAACAGCAUAACUGCUGGUCUGGAAGAUUUGUUCGCAGCUUCUCCUGCUGUUUCAGCACAGCCUGAGUCAGCUGCUCAACCUGCUAGUCAGCCCAAGUCUUCCCAGCCCCCCAAGGACGUAAACAGCAUACUCAGUCUUUUUGAAAAUACCUCGAUUGCAUCGCCUUUCACAGCUCAACAACAACAAAUGGCAGUGCUGCUUCAUCAACAACAGCAAAUGAUAAUGGCCGCUGCAGCUGCUAAGAACAUGCAGCCUGCAGCGUUUAUGCAAGGACAAAAUCAGUCUACUGUUACCGAAAAGUCUGGUGUGGGAAGUGCGCAAGGGAGUGGUUUUGGCCAACAGUGGCCUGCCGCCGAUCUCCAAGGGCUUGGUGGAUUGAUGUCCAAGCCAGCAGCUCAGAAUGGAGGAUCGUCCUUUUCGAAGCCAAUCAUAAAUGGAGUUCGACCAGCCCAACCAGGGUCAGUGGGCAUGGGAUCGGCAUCUGCAGGAGGUGCAGGAAUGUUUGGAGCUGGCUCUAUGCAGAGGCUUUCAAUGGCAGGCUAUAUUCCAGGUAUGGCGCCAAUGGACUUCGGAAAUGGCACAUCAGGUAGUUCUCUUGGUCCACUGAAUUCGUUGAACUCAAGAGGCAGCAACAUCUCCAAUGGGUCGGAUUCAUCAAAACCUAGCGGAGCUGACUACGAUUUUUCUUCCCUCACAGCAGGGGCAUUCACUUCCAAGUGAUGACAAAGAUGUGUUUGUUCUACCGACGAGAUUGUAAGUCGGGUCUUGUUUGUUUGACAUACUAAUACCUUGUAUGAUGAUCAGUAUGUUGAAAAAGCCGCUUCGAUCUGGUCUUUCGAUGUGGUGAUGACGUGAUCAAGAUGACACUUAAUGUAGGCACAGUAAAAAUAUUUAUUGUCACCCUCUCGAGGUGUUUAUGCGGAGUCUGGGGUGUGCUUACAUUGCUUUAGAAUCAAUCACUGCAUACAGUGCCACAUGUGGCUGAUUAGUUAUGAUUUGAGGUGCAUAUUUUUUCGCAGAUAUGUGAAACUUUUCUUGGGGUCAAAGCAAUAGCACAGCUUCGCCGUCGUUCUGCUGCAAAGCAGCGCAGCUCUUACUAGCUAAUAUACAGUUUCUUGUAGACUUACGUAGUUGUAAGAAUGCUGACAAAAUGAGGUGGAGAAUAGUUAUUCGGUGUUCUCAUUGAUCCUGCAAAACCUCGUGAAGAUGCUACGCAAGGUCUUCCAUAUAGAAUCAGGAGUGGAGGUGGUGCCAAAUAGAUGUAAACAAGAGUGAAGUGUGUUCGAUCAUGAUGUUGGUGGCACCGCUACAUGCAAUCAGUUUAAAUCACACAUUUAAAUCAUUAUCUUUUUCAGAAAUUUUAAGACCUCA